CGUCUUCAGACCCGCGUGAUAUAAGCCUUCAUAACAGGGGUCGUCAUCUUCUUCGUUCCACUGUUGUGUUCUCUCCGCGAUGGCCCGGAUCCUGCACGUCGCUGCCCUGCUUGUUGUGCUUGCAGUCACGGCCACUAGAGGCCAGGACUGCAUUCAUCCCUACACGGCCAUCGGAGGCUACUGCAUAUACAUCGACCCCUUCGCGACGGGGACUUUCGAUGAAACCCGCGCCCUCUGCAAGUCUCACAGCGGCGACAUCAUCUGGUUCGAGGCCGGCCUGGACUGCGACCUCUUCCGGGAUUUAGUAGACCAUAUUCACUCAAACAGUCUGAACGAGCACGACUACUGGAUGGGCAUCACCGACGACGGGCACGAGGGAGACUGGCGAUUCGUGAAAACCAACCAGGUCGUCCGUCUGGGCGCCCCCUUCUGGUGGGUCAACACCCCUACGGAUGCCACCAGCAAGAACUGCGCCAUCAUGCAGAAAGCCGUCAGUUACUAUUUCGUUGAUGUCGCCUGCAACGUCGCAACCUACAGCGCCAUCUGUCGGAAGGUUUGAUCGGAGCGUUUUGGCGGAAAAUACGAACUCGGUUCUCGUGUCGUUCUUGAUAAAUACAAAAUGACCACGUGA